CGAAGACCGUAGAGAAAAUUUGGAAAAUCUCGGUAUCUGGUAGAAUAUGAGAUGCAGGAAAGACCAAACCAUUAUAACGCCGGACCAUGCUGUAUGGUACAGUAUCCUUACAUGCUCCGUCUCCUCCCAUAGCCCUGCCUAUUGCCCGGACAUGUAGUCCGUGGGACACCUCCUCGAGGCACAGUACUAUGUCAUUCCUUUCGCCGAGCCCCCAAGCGCUCUUGAUUGUAUUAGCGAUCUACAUCGGGCCUUGGAUAUUAUUGUAUUUGUCGGGCCACAUCUUCCCGCUCCAAAAUAUCUGCAUGAAUUGUGCGUGAUUGGGGAGGGAUUGAAAAGGCGAUUAUUUCUUCCCGCGUUUUGCCUCGAGGAAAAGAACCUGUUUCCGGACUGCGACGACACGAGUUAGCAUGGGAUCAUCCAGCCCAACGCCAUAUUCCAUGUCUGCUCAACUUCAGCAC